AAUUUCUCACUAAACUCUAUGCCACUGAGCAUAUAGUGCUGAGAUGCACAGACCUUCGCCCGACCCUGGCAGAGGGAACAGUGGCAGAUAUGGAAGGGGCAUUAGGUUUUUCCGGGGAACGAGGGCAAAUAGACGAGAAAAGAGUGGCAGUAGCGAAGGGGAGGCUAGAGGAUUGGUGGAGGAAGCCAAGGGAGAGAUAAUACCAUAAAUCGGGGAGAUAAUGUUUCCUCUACUGUUUUAGAUAGUUAUUUUGAAGGAGGAGGAAAGUGAAAACUAGGUUAAGGAAAAGAGGUUAUAAAGAAAGGAAAAAAAAGAAUAAUAAUAAAAUAGGAGGGGGAGCAAAAGACUAGGUGGCGCCAGCCGCCGCUCGUUACAAAGGGUAUAGCCGCCAUCCAUCCAUACAUACAUCCAUCCAUUAUCUUUGAAUCGACUUGUCUCGCUCGUGUUUCGAUUGAGAAAAUCGUGGGAUUUGCGAGCGGUGUCAUGUUGUUUGUGUGCGUCGUCCAAGCUUCCAGCCGCAAACCCCCCCGAGCACCUUGGCAGCUUACGUGAUACGUGAUGAUUUUUGCGUUGGAAAACGGCUGCGACGAGUACUACGUACCAAUGUCUGCCGUCGUCAAGCUCCCAAGUAUCGAUGACUUUGUAGUGCUCAAGCCAAUCAGCCGAGGUGCCUUUGGCAAAGUGUACCUGGCACAGAAGAAGGGCAACAAAGAUCAGGUCUUUGCCAUCAAGGUUGUCAAGAAGAGCGAAAUUGUCCACAAGAACAUGGUUGACCAAGUACUUGCCGAACGCAAUGCCUUGGCUGUCAGUUGCAGCCCCUUUGUGGUGCGCCUGUUCUACAGCUUGCAGACACCCAGCUCCGUCCACCUGGUGAUGGAGUACAUGAUCGGUGGUGAUGUCAAGUCACUACUGCAUGCGUUCGGCUUCUUUGAGGAGCCCAUGGCACGUUUCUAUGCAGCAGAGGCGGCCCUUGCUCUGGACUACCUUCAUCGUCGAGGGAUCAUUCACAGGGAUCUGAAGCCGGACAACAUGCUCAUCUCUGCCGAAGGGCAUGUCAAGCUGACAGACUUUGGCCUCUCACAGGUGGAGCGGAAGCACAUUGAACUGGCUGAUGUGCUGGGGACACCUGCAAGCCGUGCAUCUUCACGUCCUGUACUGGGCCGCACACCAGGCCAGCUCCUGUCGCUCACGUCAGACUUGUCCUUUACAGGGGCACGCCUGCAGAGCCUAGCGGUGCAGUCAGCACCGCGACGCCAGUCGUGCCGACGACGUCUGCCACGAGGUUCUUCCUGUGGCUCUGCUGGUAGCAGUCGUGAUGGUGUCCGGCACCUGUCUAUGAAGCGGUCCCCAACCAGCCCCCUGGUGGUGGGUGCCAAGCGUCUACACUUUGACCUGGGAACCAGCCCACCCUUGCGAAGCCCCCGGCAUAGCAGCGUUCAGUCGCCCAACGUCCUGAGUCCCGAGUGGGCCGACGGUGUCAGCCACAGUGAUGAGGUGUUUGCAGCAAGACCACCUGGUAUCACUCCUGGGUACAGUGCUAGCAGCCUGGAGCGCCGUACUCCCAAAGUGUCGAGAGGCCCGCACCGCCUGUUGGGCACCCCAGACUACUUGGCACCCGAGCUUCUCCUGGGACAAGAACAUGGGGCACCUGUGGACUGGUGGGCGCUGGGCAUAUGUCUGUACGAGUUCAUGACCGGGCUGCCACCUUUCUGCGACCAGAGUCCAGAGGCUGUGUUUGCCAACAUACUGCAUGGAGAGCUCGAGUGGCCCGUCGGGGAGGAGGCGUUGUCACCCGCAGCGGAGCAUGGUGUGUUGGCGCUGCUCACUCGGGAACCAGAAGCACGGCCAGGCUUCCAGGAACUCUGCUCACUGCCGUUUUUUGAGAGCGUCACAUGGGGCAGCCUGCUGGAUCAGGAGCCUCCUUUUGUGCCACGCCCAGACAACGACACUGACACAGGUUACUUUGAUGGCUGCGAGCCCAGAUCAAGCUGUCGGUGGUCAGCGUUUGCGAAGAGCACUUGUUUUGCACGGCGCAGAACUGCUGGUUCUCCACCCCGUCUAUGCCUGCAGGUGACAACAGACGCAGCCUUUCUGCUGCUGCGUUCCUAUUCUCUAGAGCCAUAAUGAAGUGCAGUUGAGUAAAUAAACCAACAGGGGUUUUAUUGAUUUUACCAAUAUUGCUUAUUCCCUGAAAAUAUAAUUUUAGUGCUCUAAUUCGGUUGAUGCCUGCCUUUAUAAUGGCAUACCGUCAACUCGAAAGGGAGUUUUACAAUCAGCUGUGCUGGACAUAUGCCCCAUCUCUGACAUAUGCCCCAUAUGGCCACUAUAUAAAUGUAAUUUAUAUGG